AGUCUGAAAGAUGGAGGGGUUUGAUGAUCCUGGUGUGUUUUUCUCAGAUAAUUUUGCGGCCGGAGAAGCUGAUGCUAACCAACUUAAUCUUCAGGCAGUGAAAAGGAAGUUCAAGGACUUUCUGAGGAAAUUUCACGAAGGAAACUUCAAUUAUAAGUAUAGAGACGAGCUAAAGCGUCAGUACAAUCUUCGUCAGUAUUGGUUAGAAGUGAACAUUGAAGAUUUGGCUAGUUUCGACGAGACGCUUGCCGAUAAAUUGUAUAAACAACCUACUGAACAUCUUCCAGUGUUUGAAGAGGCCACAAAAGAGGUUGCUGAUGAGGUUACUGCUCCAAGACCAGAGGGAGAGGAAGAAGUGGAAGACAUACAAAUAUUUCUGUCCUCUGAUGCCAAUCCAGCCUCCUUAAGGGAUCUGAAGUCCGAGGUAGUAUCUCGGUUAGUGAAGAUACCAGGGAUCAUUCUUUCAGCUUCGGGAAUUAGAGCUAAGGCAACCAAGAUUGCUAUUCAGUGCCGUUCUUGCCGAAACAUGAUUCCUGAUCUCCCAGUUAAGCCAGGUCUAGAAGGUUAUGUUCUCCCAAGAAAAUGCACAACAGAACAGGCAGGUAGGCCGAAAUGUCCAUUAGAUCCUUUCUUCAUUGUUCCGGAUAAAUGCAACUGUGUGGAUUUCCAGGUGCUUAAAUUGCAAGAACUACCAGAUUCCAUCCCUCAGGGCGAACUGCCACGUCACCUACAGUUAUAUUGUGAUAGGUACCUUUGUGAGCGGGUUGUUCCAGGCAAUAAGGUUGUUAUUUUGGGUAUAUAUUCAAUCAAGAAAAUAACCAAGCCAUCUAAACGUGGAGGUCGUGAGAAACCAAUUGUUGGUGUGAGGGCACCAUAUUUGCGUGUUGUUGGAAUACAAGUGGACACACAUGGUACAGGAUUCACAAGUGUAUUACCAGUUACAUCUGAUGAAGAAGAGAUGUUUCGCCGCAUGGCAUCAAGCCCCAGUCUCUAUGAACGGAUUGCUGCUAGCAUUGCACCAAGUAUCUUUGGAGCUACGGAUAUAAAGAAAGCAAUAGCUUGCUUACUGUUUGGAGGGUCACGAAAGCGUCUGCCAGAUGGGCUGACAAGGCGUGGUGAUAUUAACAUCCUGUUGUUGGGUGACCCUGGUACAGCCAAAUCCCAGCUCUUGAAAUUUGUAGAAAAGGUGUCACCAAUUGGGGUAUAUACUUCAGGUAAGGGGUCAUCAGCAGCUGGUCUUACAGCAUCAGUGAACCGUGAUCCUGUCACUCGAAACUUUGUGAUGGAAGGCGGAGCAAUGGUGCUGGCUGAUGGAGGUGUGGUCUGCAUAGAUGAAUUUGAUAAGAUGAGAGAAGAUGACAGGGUUGCCAUACAUGAGGCAAUGGAACAGCAAACAAUAUCCAUUGCCAAGGCUGGCAUAACAACUACUCUAAAUUCCCGUUGCUCUGUACUGGCAGCAGCAAACUCAAUUUUUGGGCGAUGGGACGAUACAAAAGGAGAAGAGAACAUUGAUUUCAUGCCUACUAUUCUGUCCCGUUUUGACAUGAUCUUCAUAGUGAAAGAUGAGCAUAAUGAAAGCAGAGACAAAACCCUCGCCAAACACAUCAUGAAUGUCCAUAUGAAUGCUGGUCAGAUGACUGACGAUGUCGCAACAGAUGGAGAACUCUCUCUGAUGACAAUAAAGAAGUACAUAAACUACUGCCGACAGCAGUGCGGUCCACGACUAUCAGAAGCUGCCGGGGACAAGUUGAAGAAUCGCUAUGUGCUGAUGCGCAGUGGGACGAGAGAACAUGAGCUAGAGAUGGACAAGAGGCUAUCCAUUCCAAUCACUGUGAGGCAGCUGGAGGCCAUUAUUCGGAUUGCUGAGUCUCUAGCUAAGAUGCAGUUGCAGCCCUUCGCAUCAGAAUCGCAUGUCACCGAGGCACUAAGAUUAUUUCAGGUAUCAACCCUGGAUGCCGCAAUGUCUGGGAGUCUUGCUGGUGCCGAAGGUUUCACUUCAGAGGAAGAUCAUGAGAUGCUGAUAAGAAUUGAGAAACAGCUGAAGAGGAGAUUUGCCAUUGGUUCACAGGUUUCAGAGCACAACAUUGUGCAAGAUUUCCUGAGACAGAAAUAUCCAGAGCAGGCUAUUUACAAGGUGAUCCACACUAUGAUCCGUCGAGGAGAACUGCAGCACAGGAUGCAACGCAAAAUGCUUUUCCGUCUUGCAUGAACACAGACGUGAAUGUGACAUUCAGUGUUAUCUUUCAUUUUAUUUGAGAUGAUUAACAUAUGAAAGAAAAACUCUUCAGCUUUUGCAGAGAACACAUUUAGUGUAGUGUAAAAUAGUUUAAAACAUAGCUUGAUAUUUUCUUAAUUUUCCGAACACCAUAUAAGUUCUGUAUGUUAAACCUGAACAGCUGUUCUGAGCUAUGAAAUGGCAGAAGUGAUACUUACAUCAUAUAAAUAGAUGUUGAAACAUACUAAUGCAAUACUCCUAGCAUGGUAACGUGUAGUAAUAUCUCUAGGACCCUGUCUUCUUUUAACACUACAACCUAACUCAGCAUACUAAACUAAUCUAUGAGCUGACUUCUGAAGAAUUGUGAUUCGAGUCCUGCCACAGGCAAGAGAUCUUUUCCACCUCUACAGCUCUAGUCCACCAAGCCUGCUCUCCAUUGCAUAUUGGCAUUUAUUUCCUCGAGGCAAAGUGUAGUGAUCACUCACCUGCAUGUAGUACUGAGACUAAGAAUGUGUGGGGCUAUACCUCUGCUCUCCCAUUGAUCUUAAUGGCAUGGUGCUUAAUUAAACACAGUGGCACUUUACCUUUAGUGAAAAUUAAGUAUCAUUUAAAAUCCAUGAUUUAUUUAAACCGUCUUGCAGUGCAUACACUCAUUUAUCUCCUUCUCUCCCUCGCACUACAUGU